AUGGCGAGGGACAGCAAUGGCGUGACUGUUAAGAAUGUAAAGGAUCGCCUCAUAAGAUUGAAGGAAUUCUUUGUGGUCAAGCUUUACCAUGAAGCGCCAUCUCUUGUCCCAAACAUAGCUGAUACGUUCGUCGAACCAUAUGAUUAUAACUGCUGGCUGGCAACAGAAGAAGAAAUAAUCCCCGUUAUCCAUAAGCUUAAGGCCAAUAAGACUCCGAGAGAAGAUCGUCUGAAAUAUUGUCCAUAG